GGCCACACGUAAAGUAUGGUAGAAGAAAUUUUGGUCACUCAAAGGAAGCGGCGGUUGCGAGCUGGGGCACCGUCACAUGUAUCUGCUUUCGUUCAACUUCAGCCUGCCAUGGUGGCCUCUCCUCCAUCCUCUCCUCUCUUGAACCCACCAAUUUUUAUUGUCCGCGUCUCAGUCUGCAGCUCCCAUCUUCAAACAUCAACGAAGAAAUAAAAGGCAACGAAGAUGGUAACUCCUUAUUCAAGCCACUGCUUUUCUCUACAAAAUCACCACUUGCUUCCAUUUUUAUCCGCAAAGCCGCUCUUUUUUUCCAGCAAGAAUCUCCAUGUAAAAAACCCACCAAGAAGGUUUUCUCCUUUUUUAAGUAGUAGUAGUAAUGAGGGAGGUUGGAGUAGCAAGUUAGCAAGUCGGCGAAAGGUUUUUGGGGAGACAGGGAGUGGGAGUAUCGAAGAGGGUUCUAAUUCGGUGGAAGACAAGCAAUUUGUCAAGUGGUUUCGUGAGGCCUGGCCUUACUUGUGGGCUCAUAGAGGAAGUACUUUUGUUGUUAUUAUUUCUGGUGAAACUGUUUCUAGUCCUUUCUUGGAUUCCAUUUUGAAGGAUAUAGCAUUUCUGCAUCACCUGGGGAUUAAGUUUGUGUUAGUCCCAGGAACUCAUGUCCAAAUUGACAGUCUUUUGUCUGAGAGAGGGCAUGAGCCUAAGUAUGUUGGUCAAUACAGAAUUACUGAUUCUGAAGCUUUGGCUGCCUCAAUGGAGGCUGCGGGGAAGAUUCGUAUCAUGAUAGAGACCAAACUUUCUCCUGGACCUUCCAUAUGCAAUAUUCGUCGACAUGGUGACAGUAGUCGUUGGCAUGAUGUUGGUGUCAGUGUUGCUAGUGGUAAUUUUCUUGCAGCCAAGAGACGAGGAGUUGUUGAAGGAGUUGAUUUUGGAGCAACUGGUGAAGUCAAGAAAGUAGAUGUUACUCGAAUGCGUGAAAGGCUUGAUGGUGGUUGUAUAGUGGUGUUAAGCAACUUGGGAUAUUCAAGCUCUGGAGAAGUCUUAAAUUGCAACACAUACGAAGUUGCUACAGCUUGUGCCUUGGCUAUUGGGGCGGAUAAGCUUAUUUGCAUCAUAGAUGGUCCAAUUCUGGAUGAGAGCGGACACCUUAUUCGCUUCUUGACUCUGGAAGAAGCAGACAUGUUGAUUCGUAAGCGGGCUAAGCAAAGUGAGAUAGCUGCUCAUUAUGUCAAAGCUGUUGGUGAAGAAGAUUGUGCUUUUCUUGAACACUAUGAUUCUGUUGGAAUUGAUGCAUCCUCACAGAAUGGGAAGUCUCUCAGUGGAAGGCACAACGCAACCUUUCACAAUGGUGUUGGGUUUGACAAUGGAAAUGGACUAUGGUCUGGGGAACAAGGUUUUGCUAUUGGAGGUGAAGAGCGACAAAGUCGAUUAAAUGGUUAUCUUUCAGAAUUGGCUGCUGCAGCUUUUGUUUGCAAAGGUGGCGUUCAAAGAGUACAUCUUUUAGAUGGCACAAUUGGUGGAGUUCUGCUGUUAGAACUGUUUAAAAGAGAUGGAAUGGGGACAAUGGUGGCUAGUGAUCUUUACGAAGGAACUAGGAUGGCCAGAGCGACAGAUCUUGCAGGAAUAAGACAAAUUAUACAGCCGUUAGAAGAAUCUGGCACAUUGGUUCGGAGAACUGAUGAAGAGCUGCUUAAAGCAUUGGAUUUCUUUGUUGUUGUGGAAAGAGAAGGUCAAAUUAUCGCUUGUGCUGCUCUUUUUCCUUUCUUUGAAGAGAAGUGUGGAGAAGUUGCUGCCAUUGCAGUUUCUCCUGAAUGCCGAGGACAAGGGCAGGGAGAUAAAUUACUUGAUUUCAUUGAGAGGAGAGCCUCUUCCCUUGGAUUGGAAACACUUUUCCUGCUUACAACUCGCACUGCAGAUUGGUUCACAAGGCGAGGCUUCUCAGAGUGUUCCAUUCAAUUGAUACCAGAGGAAAGAAGGAAGAAGAUUAAUCUAUCCCGUAAUUCCAAGUAUUAUACAAAGAAGUUGCUACCUGAUACUAGUGGAAUUAGUGUUGAUAGAGCAUUCAGUUAAAGUUUUAUUGCAGCUUGAUGGAAUACGGCCUCAUAGACCGGUUAUUUCCACUCUGUGAAGCCGCUUCCUAAUUUAUCUGUUCUUGUAUAUAUAUAUAUAUAUAUAUAUUAGCCCUUCAUGUUUGAAGUUCUGGGCAGUGUUAUAAAACCUGGCCUGGCUGGUCAAAGAGCCUAGGCUAAGCUCCAAAUUGGGGGGGUUACUAGGUUGACUUGCCAGGUAUUAUAUUUGUGAGUACAAGAGUGAUGGCUGUGAAUGAAGUUAUUCAAGCUAACGUAUUCAAAUACCAUUAAGAAUACCAGUCCAAACUCUCAUUGAUUCAA